GCGAUAAGAUAUUUCCUCAGUAAGUUCUCUUCUCGCGAGUCGAGUGUGCAAAGUGGCUACGCGAAGUUCGAGGCAUUUGGGAGACUUUUAAUUCGAAUUUGUUGCAAUUUCGAAAGAUCGAGGUGCUCGAUAAGGAUAUUUGAUCUAUCGAUUUCGUGUAUGUCGAUGGUAAACGCGUUGCAAAGUGUUAAAGACACCUGUCGAAUCAGCGUUAGAGUUUUGCAAAAAUGAUCAUCGAAAUAUUUUGCCUUAUAUUUUUGGUACUUAUUGUAUAUUACAUGUUCGCGUAUAAUGAAAAGUAUCAAACCAGGAUGAUAAACUUGAUACCGGGGCCUCCAGUGAAGUUUUUUUUUUUGAACAUGCAGGAGUUCCAACUUUCGCCAUCUGAACUUUGGAAACGUAUGCGAGAAUUGGGCAACGAAUAUUACCCGAUUUAUAAAUUUUGGAUGUUCAUGACGGCAUACAUCAAUAUUCGCCAUCCUGACGACACGGAGACGAUACUUGGGAAUCCAAAAUUCAUCCAGAAAAGCGAUAUGUACGAUCCUCUGAUGCCUUGGUUCGGGACUGGACUUCUUACCAGUUCAGGUCGUAAAUGGCACUCACGUAGGAAGAUAUUGACGCCCUCCUUUCAUUUUAACAUGCUGCAACAGUUCGUCGACAUUUUUGUCGAGGAAUCGGUGCGUUUGAAGAACUCUUUGACGAGCGAGGGGGGACCAGUCGUUAAAGAUUUGAUGUACUUCUACAGCGAGCACACUCUGAACAUCAUUUGCGAGACCGCUAUGGGAACUUCGCUGAAGGAUAAAGGGAAGUUUCAAGCCAAGUAUCGAAAAGCUGUGUACGACAUGGGUAAAAUUAUAGUAUAUAGAUUAAGUAGACCGUGGCUCCAUGCAAACUCUGUUUUCAAAUACUUGCCCCAAGGAUGGCGUCAAACUAAAUUACUCAAAAUAUUGCAUGGAUUCUCUAAAGAGAUCAUCGAAGAAAGAAAGGACUAUCAUAAUAAGACAAAGGGCCAAUACUUAACCGGACUUAACCACGACUCAAGUCAAACGGAUAGCGCCAAUGAUGGCGGAAUACGGAAAAGAAGGCUUGCCAUGCUAGAUCUUUUGAUAGCAACUUAUCAUAAUUCUGAAAUAGACGACGAAGGGAUUAGGGAAGAAGUUGAUACUUUUAUGUUUAGAGGACACGAUACUACGGCGGUGUGCCUCUGCUUCACUACUAUGCUUCUAGCUGAACACAAAGACAUACAGGCUCGAGCCAGGGCUGAAGCGAGCGCAGUUAUGUCAGAAGCUAAUGGUAAAGUAACCAUGGCCACUUUACAAAAUCUGCCAUAUCUCGAGAGAUGCAUCAAGGAAUCUCUUCGACUUUACCCGAGCGUACCAUUUAUAUCGCGACGCCUAGAAACGGACACGAAAUUGAGUAACUAUCAAACGUUGUAAGGUAAUUACGAGGUACCGGCUAACACGGUGGUCCACGUACACCUAAUAGACAUUCAUAGGGAUCCAAACUACUGGCCAAACCCGGAAGUUUACGAUCCGGAUAGAUUCUUGCCUGAAAAUAUGAAAGGACGUCAUCCUUACGCCUAUGUACCUUUCAGUGCUGGUGCACGAAAUUGUAUAGGGCAACGAUUUGCUAUGCUGGAAUUGAAAUCGACGUUAUUGUUUCUGUUACAUAAUUUCUAUUUCGAGCCCGUUGAUUGCUUGAAGGAUAUUUCUAUCGACUCUGACAUGGUUCUGCGUCCCACGUAUCCACUCCGAGCGAAAUUCAUUCCUAUCGAAACUUCGAGUUACGGAAUACGAAACAGCCACAGCAAGAUCUCUAUUUCCAAGUCAAAUCUGCAAAUUGAUUACGCUAAAUUGCAUGUGGAAGAUUUUAACUUUGUGCAACAGAUAAAGCGUAUUAUCCGAGGAAGUCAUAAAAGACACUUGUCGAAAGUCGAGCAGAGCGAAAGUUUAGCAAUAAUGAUUAUUUGGAUAUUGUUUUUUAUAAUCGUGGGGUUUCUUAUUCUACAAUAUGGAAAGUUCGGAAGAUCGAAUAAUUUGGUCCCUGCUCCUGAGUCUGUACCGAUAUUUGGAAACUUCAUACGGCUACAAGUUCCGUCACCCGAAAUUUGGAAGAAACUACGACAAUACGCCGAUCAAGAAUAUCCAAUCUACAGACUUUGGACUCUCACGACUUCAACUCUUAAUAUUCGUCAUCCGGACGACUUAGAGACAAUCCUUGGAAAUCCGAAAUUUACUCUGAAAGGCAAUUUAUACAAACUAUUUCAUAAUUGGCUCGGAACCGGACUUCUUACCAGUUCAGGGCCCAAAUGGCAAGAACGGAGGAAGAUAUUGACACACGCCUUUCAUUUCAAUGUAUUGAAAGAAUUCGCUGACAUUUUCAUCGAGGAAUCGAAGUCUUUGACGGAAUCAUUAAAGAGCGAAGGACCAGUCGUUAAAGAUCUGUUGCAAUUUUUCAGCGAGCACACACUGAAUAUAAUAUGCGAGACUGCAAUGGGAACUUCCUUGAAAGAUAAAGAGAGCAGCUUCCAACACAAGUAUCGAAGUGCUGUACACGAUAUUGGAGAAACUUUCGUAUAUAGAUAUAUGAGACCGUGGUUUAAGCCAGACUAUGUCUUCAACUGGAUCCCCUUAGGAUGGUACACGUCUAAAUUGCUCAAAAUAUUACACAGUUUCACUAACGAGAUCAUCGCAAAAAGGAUAAACUAUCACGAUCAGACUAAAGGUCAAUACCUAUACAAUUUUGAUAAGAAUUCAAGCAAUACGUACGACGACGACGAUGGAGCAACAGUUCGCAAAAAGAAGCUGGCCAUGCUCGAUCUUCUGAUAGCCACUCAUCGUAAAAAUCAGAUAGACAACAAAGGUAUAAGGGAGGAAGUCGACACUUUUAUGUUCGAGGGGCACGACACCACGGCGAUGUGUUUUUGCUUUACCACUAUGCUUUUGGCUGAACACAAAGAUAUACAGGAUCGAGUCAGGAAAGAAGUGAAGGCGGCAUUGGACCAAACUGGCGGCGAAGUAACCAUGGCCACUCUACAAAAUCUGCCGUAUCUCGAAAGAUGCAUCAAAGAAUCCCUUCGACUUUAUCCUAGCGUGCCGUUUAUAUCGCGUCGCACGGAAACGGAAGUGGUUCUACAUAAUUACGUAGCACCAGACGACACGGAGAUCCACGUACACAUAAUAGACACUCACAGAGAUCCAAAGUACUGGCCGAAUCCGGAAGUUUUCGAUCCCGAUAGAUUCUUGCCCGAGAACUCGAAGGGACGACAUCUUUAUUCUUACGUCCCUUUCAGUGCUGGCCCGCGAAAUUGCAUAGGUCAAAAAUUCGCUAUGUUGGAGAUAAAAACAACAUUAUUGUUCCUAAUACAUAAUUUCUAUCUCGAGCCCGUUAACUACCUGAAGGAUGUUUCUUUUACCGUUGAUGUAGUUCUACGCACUGUGGAUCCACUUAAAGUGAAAUUCGUUCCCAUUGAGUUGUAAUUGUAGCGUUCGUGUUAUUAAUACUAAAGAUAAGAAUUGAUCUACGUUUAAUGGUAUUUCGAAUUCAAGAUGGUUUUCGCAAAUAUUAGAAGUCCAAUACAAUAACUUGGAAGGGUAAAAGCAGCGAACUAUGUAACUAAUAUUUAAUUAAUUUAAUAAA